ACCUACACACACACACCUACACACACACCUACACACACACACCAGCAUCAAGGUCGUUACUGUGCAGUUUUAACAGACUUUCAUCAGAGCUGACUUUAAAGGACGAGAACUCAUAAAAAAAACUCUAAACUACAGUCUGAAGGAUACAUGUAACUGUUGGUGCCACCGGGUCUGCAUGUUGGAACAGGACAGAAACACUGAAAAGAUUCUCAGGAUGUGCAGCCGUGAAGGUCCAGUACAUCAACUAUGUGCUUUAUUUCAUCUAAAUAAAAAAAUACUCUUAAAGGAACAGUUCACUCAAAAAUGGAAUUACAGUCAGUAUCUUCUCACCUCUGAUGCUGAUGGAAAGUCAGGUGAGGUUUUAUUGUCCUUGAAACAUUUCUGGAGCUUCACAGGUAAACAGCGUACUGACUCCUAACAGCUCAUCCAGCGUAAUCCAAGUUUUGAAAAGACAACAUUUUUUUAUUUUAAAAUCUUCCCUGCAGCUGCCGAGCUGAUGUAAGUGCACAAGCGCGACUGUGUUGAGGCUGUAAAUAAUGUCAUUUCAGGUACAUUUAGGAUCUCAGGGCUUCCAGAUACUUGGAAUUCCUCAGGAGCCAUUUUGUGCUUUUUAUCUGUUGUUUUUUCAAAAUUAAAACUAGUCUCCAUCUUCUUCAGUUGUUUGGGAGAAUGCUGCAACGCUGUUUUGCUGUGAAGCUCCAGAAAUGUUUUGUGGACUACGGAAAAAAAAACCUCACCUGACUUGGGUGAGCUUAUCCUUUAAUUUACAGGAGCCUCUUUUCUUGUACAAAACUGGACAAAGAGAAAAACACUGACACACGUAUGGUUACUUUAAAAAACCAACAACAAAUCAACACAAAAAGGUUAGACAGAAGAACAAAAACAACACACUCAUCAAUAAAUGUUGAGCAUUCCUCAGGCCUGGACGACAGAUGCUGUACGGCACAGCGUUUGGUUUUUAUAUUCAGGAUCAAGGACACAUCUAAAAUUAGAUUACUCCAAAACCCCGUCAGCCGUCACCCACAUGUGUGAACGCUGCGCUCUGUCUCCUCAGACGAACCACAAACUCUCAGACCCCGUCCUGCUGUCAUGCAGCCACAGCUUCUGCAGGAGCUGUCUGAAGCGCUGCUGGGAGACUGGGCCACGCGAGUGUCCGGUGUGCAGGAAAAAAGCCUCAAAGUCCAACGCUCCCUCCAAUCUGGCUCUGAAAAACGUCUGUGAAGCUGUGCUGCAGGUCAGGAGACAGAGUUCACUGCUGGAGGAAGACAAGACGAACUGCAGCCUGCACGGGGAGAAGUUUAAACUCUUCUGUCUGGUUGACAAGCAGCCCAUCUGUGUGGUGUGUCAGACAUCCAAACUGCACAAGAAUCACGAGUGCUCGCCUAUAGAGGAGGCGGUGCUGGACUGUAAGGAUGAACUCUCUUUAUCGCUCAAGAGCUUGCAAAAUAAACUGGAAAGCCUCAAAAGAAUUCACUUGACCUCCACGAACCUGUUCAAGUACAUCAAGAGUCAGUCGCUGGAAACACAGAAGUUGAUCAAGAGCCAGUUCGAGCAGCUCCAUCAGGUCCUCCACCAGGAGGAGUCGGAAAGAAUCGCAGCGGUGAAGAAAGAAGAAGAAGAGAAGAUGGCAGGAAUAAAGGAUAAGAUGAAGGAGCUUUCAGCAGAAGUGCUGUUGCUCACAGAGACCAUCUCAGUCAUACAGGAGCAGCUAAAGGAAGAAGAUAUGGUGUUGCUGGCGAAUUUUAAAGACACUCAGGACAGAGAAAGAAGCAUCGCACUCGGUUCAGAAAACAUGUCCGGCUUACUGAUCGAUGUGACCAAGCAUCUGUCCAACCUCAAAUACAGAGUGUGGGAAACAGUGCUGGACCAUAUUGAUUACACUCCCGUGACUCUGGAUCCAAACACAGCACACCCCUGCCUCAUCCUGUCUGACGACCUCACUUCCCUCCACUAUUCAAAGCGGCCCAGUUAUUGCCCUGACAACCCAGAGCGCUUCCACAUCAGCGCCGAGGUGGUAGGCAUGAGUGCGCUGGGUUCAGGAAGUCACCACUGGAUCGUGGAAACAGGAAGUAAUCAGGACUGGAUGCUGGGUGUGGCUUCUUUGUCUGUACCUCGGGACGCUGAGAUCCCGGCCCGGCCCGAGAAUGGCUUCUGGGCUUUAUGUUUCCGGGAUGGAGAAUUCAGGGCCAUGACCUCCCCACCCACCCCGGUGACUGUUACAAGAACGCCAAAACAAGUCAAAGUGCAACUGGACUACAACAAAGGGACGGUGUCCUUUUCUGACCCUGCAGAUGACACACUCAUUUAUGCAUUUACACACACAUUCACAGAAACUUUACUUCCCUAUUUUUAUACACAGAGCAGUUCUCCACUGAGAAUAAUGCCAGAGAAGGUACUUGUCACGAUGCUGCGUCAGUGACUGGAUGAAUGAUUUUUUAAUUAUGUAAGAAAAUCGAACCUCAGGCCUGUUUACAAAGAGAUUGGCUUAAAUGUAACACUGAGAUUGGUGCAUUGACAGGCUAAUAUUAUUCUCUCACACAGAGAUCAUGCACAGUAUAAAGUCAUUUUGCAGCUUCAAAAAUGUGUAGCAUUUGUUUAUAUAUCUGGUGAUGUCACUAAUUAACUUUGAACUAUAUA